AUGGAAGAGGGCCCUUCGCUCGAGCUGUGCAUCGCGGUGUGGGCGGAGGUUGGCCUGUCGGCUGAGCGGCACGCGACCCUCGACAACCAGGCCAUCUCCAUCUCCGACAACCGGCAAGACUCGGCCGUCGGCCGCGAGGCGCUCAAGGACGUCAUCAAGGACUUUCGCGACACCCCGGCCGAGGAGCGGCCGCGCCGGAUCGGCGUGCUGAUCAAGGCCUUCCAGGCAGAGGUGGACGCACUCACGCGGCGGCAGGCCUUCGCCGAGGACGCCUUUCUCAACCUCUACCGCCCGCUCGCCGACGCGCCCGACCCGCAUGCCUCUCUGCUGGCCGCGGCGGCGGAGAUCGGACGGCUGCGUCCCGAGGCUGCUGCUGCGGCGGCGGCGGCCGAGGGGCUCCGUCGCGAGCUGGCGCACAUCGACGCGACGGGAGGAGGUGACGGCGAGAAUGAGUGA